AUGCUAGAAGAUCUGGAUAAAGCGCUACAAAAAGUGGAGGAGCAUCAGAUGACAAUGGACGUGCUCGAAGUGUCGCAUACACAGGAACGAGUGGAGGCAUUGAAGAAAGACCUAGAAACGAGAAAACAAAAGGCUGCAAAUGAUCGAGAAGAAUGGAAGAAAUUGCAAAGCGUGUUAUUCGAGGCGGAAAAAGGUGUCGCAAUGGGUGACAAAGCGAUGGAUCGUUUCAGUGGACGUGAGACCAGUCCCUCGUUUGGAAGAACUCGAAGAACGACAGAAAAACGUCGAAGAGGUGAGAUGUUGCCUCGUAUCGACGCACUCGUUAUUGAUGCUAUACGGCGCCUGGGUAUGAUUCUACCGCGGCUAAGUGACGGUAGUGAAAGAGCGACAUCGAUCCGGAAUCGAACUCGUGACGUUGAGACUCGAUUCCGUGAAUUGGUUCGAGCGGUUCGUGAGGCCAGAGUCCGGCUUGACGCACGGGCAGUCGAUCAAAGCCAACUUAGACACGAUCUGGAAAACCUGCAGUUUUGGUUCGACGAAACAGCGGUCGAACUCGAUGUGGACUUCAACCCAUAUGAUAUGAAAGCGAUCGAGGAAGCUAUCAAAGUGACGACAGCCAAGAACGCACAGAUUGCUGAGAAGUAA